AUAGGAGCUGCGUAUCUCAACCAAAAGAAGUAAAGCACUCAAAGAAGAGAAAGCAGAGAGAGAGAGCAAUGGCUUCCUCCAUGAUUUCCUCCGGUACCGUGGCUACAGUUUCCGCCCCCGCUCAAGCCAGAAUGGUUGCUCCAUUCACCGGCCUCAAGUCCUCCUCAGCUUUCCCUGUCACCAGAAAAAGCAAUGACAUUACCUCUAUUGCAAGCAAUGGAGGAAGAGUGCAAUGCAUGCAGGUGUGGCCUCCACUUGGACUGAAGAAGUUCGAGACCCUCUCUUACCUUCCUCCCCUUUCUACCGAGUCCUUGGCCAAGGAAGUUGACUACCUCCUCCGCAAAAACUGGGUUCCCUGCUUGGAAUUUGAGUUGGAGCAUGGAUUCGUGUACCGUGAGAACCACAGAUCCCCAGGAUACUAUGAUGGAAGGUACUGGACAAUGUGGAAGCUGCCCAUGUUCGGAUGCACCGACUCUUCCCAGGUGUUGAAAGAGCUGGAAGAGGCCAAGAAGGCCUACCCCCAAUCCUUCAUCCGUAUCAUCGGAUUCGACAAUGUCCGUCAAGUGCAGUGCAUCAGUUUCAUCGCUUACAAGCCUCCAGGCGUCUAAGUUGUUCUACAAUUUUCAUAAAUAAUGUUGUUGUUGUAUGUACCAUUGUGGCUCUUAGCCAAGGGUCCCGGUGGUCUGUUUAAGUUUGUAUUUGAUUAGGGCUUUCAAGACCUCUGUCUAUUUGUUUCUUUAAUUCUCUGUCCCUUUUUCGAGGCACUCUCGUUUGUUUUCGAAUUUGGUGUUUUAUCGGAUUCAAGAUGGUGUUGAUUGAGAAAUUCAUGAUUCAAUGAGAUCCGUAUUUUAUUUUUA